CUUCAUCAGGGAAAGCUUUGCAGGCCAUAACAAGUAAACAAUGGCAUAUAAUACGUACCACAAACCCACGUCAUAGUCAUAUGAAACAAGUGUCCACUCCAAAUAAUCACCAAACUAUUCAUAAACAAGGAGAUUUCUCUGUUAAAUUUUACAAGUAGCCUUCAUUUCCAGCAGCCGUGUGACAGAGAUGGGAAAGGCAGGGAAAUGGAUUAGAAACUUUUUGCUUGGGAAAAGGGAACAGAAGUACAAGAAGAAUGAUUCUUCUUUUUCUGCUGAGCAUCAUCAUCCAAGCACCAAGCCGGGGAGUCCUAGAGUGAAGAAAAGAUGGAGUUUUGGAAGAGCAGCUGGGAAAAGGGCAUCCCAUAAAUUUUCUAAAUCACUCGACUCAAUUGAAACCACCAAACUUCCAAUUCAGGCCACUGCAGAAAACGAUGAUGUUGAAAAUGUAGCUGCCACAAAGAUUCAAGCUGUCUUCCGUUCUUAUUUGGCAAGGAAAGCACUGUAUGCUUUGAAGGGACUUGUGAAGUUACAGGCACUGGUGAGGGGUCACCAGGUAAGAAAACAAACAACUGCAACUCUGCGGCGCAUGCAUGCGUUGAUCUCCAUUCAAGUUAGGGCACGGGUUCAGAGAAUCCAGAUGGCAGAGGAAGCACAUCUUGUUGUCAAAAGGGAACCAUCCAUUCAUAAGAAUUUCAUUCAGGACAACGGCUUCAGAAGAAUGCGUAGAGAAAAAAUGGAUACAAAUCUGGAUGAAAGUCAGGGAAGCUUAAAGAGCAAAAGUGGGUAUCUGAAUCAUUCACAAAAGGAGAGGAUAGAGCAUGGGUUGGCGACAUAUUAUUCUGGAAACCUUUCCAUCUCAAGGCGAGAACAUGAAUACAAGGAGUAUUCCUUUACAGCACAUAACAGCCCCCAGCAUUAUCUGCCCACAUCUGACCUAAACUCUACAGCAGCCUCUUUAGCUUUUCAGCAGCCUGAUUGCAUAGACGUACCAAACUACAUGGCCAAGACAGAAUCUUCGAGGGCUAAAGUUAGAUCACAGAGUGAACCAAAGCAACGACCAAAUGGUGGGAUGAGGCAGAAAAUUAAGCGAAUGGAUUCAACAGAUGGAAGGAGUGUUCCGUUGGAUAAUCAAAUGCAACGUUUAUCUUCACAUUCCAAACGCUUUAGUCAAGAAAACUAUGACCCCUGGUUUGCCAAGUUCUAUCCUUCAGCGAGAACCUCCAACAGCAGGUCUGAUGCAUUUACCACUGCCAGCACUGAUUCCAACUACUACAAAUCUCUUGCAUAUGAGCCCCAUUUGACUCUAUACUAGCCAUUCUUGAUUACUCUUGACCAAUUGAGGAACUUCUAAAGGAAGUUGCUUGUAGGGUAGACAAAUGAGUCAAGCUUCAACUAAACAAUGAGUAGGCUGUGACACAAAUGAAAGAAAACAAAUAUGUAACGGAUUGAUUCCUAUAUACUCUGCAACUUCGUUUCUUUCCUUGGCUGCUCGCAUGGGAAGGUGUUGUAAUACAGUGAAGAAACUGAAAAGCUGCAGGUAAAUUUGCCAGCAUAAUCUUUGCCAAAAAGAAGAGGAAGAUAAGAGGCAUUUGGUUGGUCAAAUCCAUAGCACGUAUAAGAGAUUAUUUUUGUAAUGAACAAUGUAUAUAUUCACUCUGAUUUCUGCCAGCUACUGCUUAAUUUCCUACUUUUGUCUUCUGGUCUUUGUAAUGUCAUUGCAAUGGCUCCACCUUCUUAUGUAUACAAGGUCCAAUUAGAUUACAAAAAAUUUGGACAAAAGUGCCAGCCCCCAAGGAUGAAUACAAACUUUUUUUUUUUUCUUUGUUUUUUU